AUGGAUCCCUCUCUGUUGAAAGAGCGCGAAGCGUUCUUGCGUCGGGCAAGAACCAUGCAAUAUGUGGAGACUCCACGAAUAACUCAACCAUCCGUGUCCUCGUCAGCCAAAAGUAGUAGUCCUGGCCCUUCCCCGGCCAAGCGUGCCGUUACAACCCCAGCUCAAAGAGACUACUUAACAGUAGACUCCCGCCCUCAAAACCAGGGCCGAUUUGCACUCCUAUCAAAAGUUGUAAAAUACAUGAAGCAACGCCAUUUAGAACGUGACAUCCACCCACUUUCCGUCGACGAAAUCCUGGAAGAAACCAUGCUUCAGGACGCCCCCUUGUCAGAUGUCAAGUGGCUUGAAACUGAGGCACUGCCGAACAAUCCAAAAAUUCACUCCACUCCUGAUGGCAAAUUUGUCUUUAGGCCUAAAUACGAAGUUCGGAACAAACAAGAAUUGUAUCAGCUUCUUAAAAAACAUGAGGUCAAAGGCCUCGGGGGCAUCUACUUGGAUGAUUUAGCCGAGGCGGUUGCGGACGUCGACAAGGUCGUUCAGAGUCUUGGGGAUAAUGUUAUCCAAGUUGUCACCCCGCACGACAAGAAGGUCGUUCUCUUUUACAACGAUAAGACCUUGGAUCUGGGCAUAAAAGAAGGUGAGUUUCCCUUGCUGUUAUAA